AUGCGAGUUGCCAGGAACCGCUUCGUGUUUCCUGCACCCGAUCCGUCUUAUGGGCCGCAGUCCUAUCGAAGGCACCUGUGCUGGAUCCCAUGGAACCCAGUCCUCUCUCCCGAGAAGGCACGGGACACCAGCUUGCAGGAUGGCAUCCCGUGCUUGUGGUUUCCGGCGCCGAAAGCAGCUACCGUCAUUCUCUUCUUCCACGCCAAUGCGGAGGACUUGGGAAUGUCGUUCGCCAUCCUGAAACACAUGCGAGAUCAGUUCAAGGUGAACGUACUUGCAGCAGAGUAUCCAGGAUAUGGGCUCCUGCAUCACGUUGAACCGUCCGAGGAUGGUGUCUGCGAAGUGGCACUGACCACCUUUCGUUUUCUCGUGGACGUCCUCGGCGUCCGCUAUUCGCAGAUCGUCUUGUUCGGCAGGUCUCUUGGCAGCGGACCAGCGGUCUUCCUCGCAUCUCAGUUUCCGGUUGGAGGCCUGAUCCUGGUGUCCGCCUUUUCAUCCAUCCGAGCCGCAGUACAAAGCAUUGCUGGCCGGCUCUUCGCCAUGGCGUUCCAAGAACGCUUUCCCAACCACAAAACCAUCUCCAAUGUGUCCUGCUCGACGCUGUUCAUCCAUGGGGAGUCCGACGGCCUCAUCCCCGUGGAGCAUUCUGUGAAUCUUUUCAAACGCUGCCGCUCGCGGAAGCUGCUGGUGACGCCACCGGAGAUGGAGCACAACUCCAACCUUUUCGGUGAUGCUUCUUUUCUUGCGAUUCCUGCCAUUCACUUCUUUGGCUUCCCAGGCUACUACACCUCCACACCGCCGCGGCUCCCUGCCAGCAUGUUCGAGACUCCGGACCGACGUGUCCGCCUCGCGAACCAAGUGCAGGAAGGCACAGUACGGCCCUUCCUGUGCGAUUGCUUGGCCAAGAGAGAUCAAAACACCUUGGAUGCAGGGUUCGCGAGACAAGCUGAUGGGGUAGACAACAUUACUAUCUGCUUGUACAAGGAUACCAGCGACGAGGUCGAGCUGGUGGGGGAGGAAGCCAAGGAGCGUCUUCGGAGGAAGACGGAGGGGAAGCUCCUUGAGAAGCAGGCCAUGGCGAAGUCACAUGUUCAAGUUGAUGGCGAUCUAGGUGCAGGAGAGGUUGAAGAGCCCUUGCAGGAGGAGCUUGCCUCUGUCCAUCUGGAAAUGCCUGAGCACUUGGCUGAGUUUUCGGGUUCCCAGAGCAGACUGAAGAUCCACCUCCUCUCUGAGCAACCGUUUCACUGGUGUGGCCAAAAAGGUCAUCUGAUGCAAGGGGUGGAGAAAAGGCGGGUGCUGACUGCAGACGUCUCGAUGGCAUCCGCCGCGCUUUCCAAGCGCAAAGGGGCGUCGAUUAUGAUUGGUGGCAGGCUUUGUGAGCGCCUCCAGUGCUUCACGGAUGGGAUGACCAACAAAGCAGUGCAGACAGUCUUGCCGACAGACUUGCGGAUUUCGCGAGGAACGUGUGAAGCUUUCGCGGAAGAGAGCCAGGAAGACUAUGAUCAUCUCUACAAGCUAGUACUGGUUGGAGCUGUGGCCUUGGAUAUCACUCUUUUUCUGUGCGUUCUUUUGCAAGUUUGGAACGGACUAGAGGACGCGACGGCCAACGGCCACGAUCGGCGUGGAGUUUGCGACAAGGACGGCGCAGUGAAAGCCCAGAUCUGGGACACGGCUGGACAAGAGAGGUAUCGUGCGAUCACGAGCGCUCACUACAGACGAGCGGUUGGCGCACUGCUCGUGUACGACAUCACGAAACCAGCAACGUUCAAAAGCUGUGAGCGGUGGAUGGAAGAGUUGCGAUCCAACGCCGAACCGGACAUCGUGAUCAUGCUGGUUGGAAACAAGGUAGACCUGGCAGAAAAGAACCCAGGCGACCGCCAGGUCGAUUUCGACGCAGCUGCAGACUUUGCAGCGCAGCAGGGGCUUCUCUUCGAAGAGGCGAGCGCUGUGACUGGCGCGAAUAUCAAGCUCUGCUUCGAGAAGCUUCUGAAAGCCGGGAUUUCAGACACUACGACACUACGAGCCACUGUACCAACUGUAGUUGUGUGCUGCCAAACAUGUCUGAGAUUUGAUCCCAGCAACACGCCCUCCCACUCGGCACAAUCCAAGCUCGAUGUCGGUAUUUGUGGGCUACAGCUCUUUGUCCCAACGUCUCCCAACAGAAGUUGGUCAAAUGACAUAAACUGCAGCUGCGAUGCGGCAUGCAAUGUAAGCAAACCCAGGUAA